UUAAUAUGCCCGGUAAUCUAGCGUUAAUUUAAUAGAUAAAUUUGCAUUGUUUCUAAUGGAUGAAUCGUGAUUUUGAUUUUAUUUCGCGAACGAAUCUAUAGAUAAAGCGCCCGACAAAGGUGGAGUGUUUUCUAUUCCUUAUCGAUAAGAAAACCGUUUCUGCCUCCGAGCGAACCUUGAGUAUUGGCCCGCUCGUUUCGAAACUGCAAUUAUUUUUUUGUCGUUACCGUACUUAAUAAUGAAAAACCGAAAAUAUUUCUUAAAAAGGUACAAAACAGUUUCAGGCCGGUUACCAAAGUUUUAGUGUAAUAAGUAAGUCGAUAAAAUUAAUUCAAACAGAAAGAGAAAGUUCACUUUAUAAUUUAGGAUCCUUGAAAAGGAAUUGUCAGGCCUAGUCCCGCACAAACCAGUUUACAUAUCUUUUAAUUAUUUUACAUCGUAUAAUUCCAUUUGCACAUUGUGCUUUAUUGUUUCCACACGAAUUAAUGUUACCGGUAUAAAACACGCAAUUAUGGUUGUUCGGAAUCGUUUGCACCUGUUUUUCGUUGUUAGUUUCGUCUCGAUUUGGAUACAGACGGCCAAAAUGGAGAAACUCACCGUGUUAAUCACCAACCCCACCGUACCGAUCGUUGCUAUUAAAGAAAUGGAAGAGAAGGGGUACAACAUCAAAAUCGUCAACAAAGAAGACAGAGCGGAAAUCCUGCAGAAGCUACCCGGAACCCACGGCCUCUGGUGGGCCUCCCAACUGAAACUCGACAAAGAAAUUUUAGACGCCGCCGGGCCCCAGUUGAAAAUGAUCGGAGUCAUGUCGGCGGGCUACAAUCACGUCUCCCUCGACGAACUGAAGAAACGGGGCAUCAAAGCCUCGAACACCCCCAACGUGCUGAACGACGCCGUCGCCGACGUCGCGGUGCUACUGUCACUGGCAGCCGGCAGGCGAAUGACCGAGGCAAGAUGGGCCAUAGAGAAUAACCAAUGGGUGAACAACGAAUGGAAGUGGAUGGUGGGCCAAGACGUCAGGAACAGCACGAUCGGCAUCAUCGGCUUGGGAGGCAUCGGCUUCACGACGGCCAGGAGAUUCAAGGGAUUCGACGUGAAGGACAUCCUGUACACCGGCCACAAGGAGAAGAAAGAAGCCGCCGAAUUGGGCUACAAGUUCGUGGAUUUGGACGCCCUGCUGGCCGCCAGCGACUUCGUCAUCGUCGCCGUCCCGCUGACCGCCGAGACGCAGGGAUUCUGCGACGCCGCGUUCUUCAAGAAAAUGAAGAAGAACGCCGUGUUCGUCAACAUCAGCAGGGGCCCGGUGGUCGACCAGCCGGCCCUUAUUAACGCCCUGAAAACCGGGGAGAUAUUCGCCGCCGGAUUGGACGUCAUGACGCCCGAGCCCCUGCCGCCCGAUCACGAGCUACUCAAGAUGCCCAACGUCGUUGUGUUACCCCACAUCGCGAGCGCUACUAAUCAUACCAGAGACGGAAUGGCCAUUUUGACCAUGCAGAACCUCCAUAGAGGACUCACUGGCCAGCCUUUAUUGACGCCUAUAUUCGUGUUUGAACAACAGACGGCUGUCGGCCGGUGUGCUAAUGAAAUUGCCUCGUGUUUUAUUUAUCGCGCUUUUCGAAAGCUCGCGGUAAUGGAGAAACAACGGGCGCGUGCGAGGAGAUGCGAGUGCGGGAGGAUGCGAAAAAACGUGUCGAUGCAUUUUAAGGAAUAUUGCAGGUCGAGCUCGAUGCACGGCUUUAAGUAUUUCGGCGAAGACAGGACUCUGGUGGAGAAAAUAUGGUGGGUGGUUUGUAUAACGUCUUGCAUAUUAUUUUGCGGCACGAUGCUGUAUAAAAUAUUCUUGAAAUACUCCUACUUCCCCGUCAUUGUGACGUUUUCCAUGAAGGAAUCCCGGUUGCAGAGAUUACCGUUUCCCGCCGUAACGAUAUGCCCUCGAGCGAGGGUUUCUCAGAAAUAUUUCAAUUUCACCGAAUAUUUCUACAAAGAAUUAAAUUCCGUUCCGACUACCGCGUAUGAGAACAAAAUCAGGGACAUGUCGGCGACGAUUUGCGAUUUCUAUCCGUCCAAUUCGACAGAAAAAAUCGACGAGAACGAAUUUAAAGAGUUCCUUAAUGAGAGUCAAACGGAUAUUUUCUACUACUGUCAAUAUUUAAACGUGGAAUAUUUGCCUUGCAAGGAAUUGUUUACGCCGAUCCUCACUGAAGACGGAAUUUGCUAUUCAUUCAACAUAUUAGACAAAGGAGAUAUUUACAGAGAAAAUGUAGACUUACUUUUCGAGGAUUUUCACAAAGCGCCUCCCUCGAUUUGGAACGUGGAGACAGGAUUCCUGAGCAAAAAUGUCAGUACUUACCCCAGAAGGGCGUUAAGAAUAGGAAUAAGGAACCAACUCAUGGUAAUUCUAAAAACCAAAUUCAAGGAUGUGGAAUUUCAAUGCGCCGGGGACGAUUCUGGAUACAGGGUCUCAGUGCAUCUUCCUUCGGACGUACCGGAGGUACCGGAGAACCACUUCUACGCCCCGUUGGGCCAGCGAGUGGUGAGCGCCAUCGUACCGCACACCAUCAGAACCUCCGAAGGCGUGAAGAACUUCUCGCCGGCCAAGCGCGAUUGCUACUUCGAAUCCGAAAAGCGGCUGAAGUUCUUCAAAUUGUACUCGCACGCCAAUUGCAUGAUCGAGUGCAAGGCGAACUACACGUUGAACGAGUGCGGCUGCGUCGCUUUCCACAUGCCCAGGGAAGCCGGUACGCCUGUGUGUUUUUUGGAUAAGUUGGAUUGCAUCGAAGUAGCUUUAGAUAUCUUUUCGAUAUUCAACGAGGACAAAACUUCGAGCAACGAUGAGGAAACUUACGCAUCGCAGAGUUGCGAUUGCAAACCCACCUGCACGGAUGUGAGCUACAGCGUGGAUCUCUCAACCAACAACAUAAUUUUCGAAAUUUUGAACAAAACACUGAGAGACGACAUCGAUUUCGACAACAACGCUUUUACGACGUUGAGCUUUUAUUUCAAGAACGACCACGUGGAAACGAAGGAGAGAAACGAAAUAUACGGUUUCUCCGACGUAAUUUCGAACUUCGGCGGUCUACUGGGAUUAUUUACGGGAUUUUCGAUUCUAUCAUUUUUGGAGAUCCUUUAUUUUCUGUCUUUGAGGAUUUGGGGGAAUAUAAGGAUAUAUGGUACGUGGAUUAAACCUAACAAUCUCGAGGAAAGAUCUGCAGAGGAAACUUCGAAAUGAAAAAUAGCCGAAGAAUUUUACAAAUAAAUUCAUAUUCACGUAUAUCAGCUGUUUUGUUAAUUUUUUUACAAUAGUGC